GGCGGGGGGUGAGGGGGACGCGGGCGCCAUGACGCGCUCGGGCGGCGCCGGGGCCGCGCUGCGUGCCGGGAGCAUGGCGAGCGACUUCUACCUGCGCUACUACGUGGGGCACAAGGGCAAGUUCGGCCACGAGUUCCUCGAGUUCGAGUUCAGGCCCGACGGGAAACUGCGCUACGCCAACAACAGCAACUACAAGAACGAUGUGAUGAUCAGGAAGGAGGCCUACGUCCACAAGAGCGUGAUGGAGGAGCUGAAGAGGAUAAUCGAUGACAGCGAAAUCACUAAAGAAGAUGAUGCUUUGUGGCCUCCUCCCGACAGGGUGGGCCGGCAGGAGCUUGAAAUAGUAAUUGGUGAUGAGCACAUUUCCUUUACCACAUCAAAAAUUGGUUCACUCAUCGAUGUAAACCAAUCUAAGGAUCCAGAAGGCUUGAGAGUAUUCUACUACCUGGUCCAGGACCUUAAGUGUCUAGUCUUCAGUCUUAUUGGACUACAUUUCAAGAUUAAGCCAAUUUAAAUUAAACAAAUUGAAGUUUGUA